AUAGCCUCCUCCACAGUCGAACAAGUGACGAAGUGAAACCACAUCAGCAAAACUGCAAAGGCGCCUCCACCUUCAGGCUGCGACCAGUCACCUCCGCCGAUUGCCGACACCGCCGUCCUCCUCCGCAGCUCCGCCUCCGCCGAAAGCCUUCAGUUUGGUAUACGAUUAUCAUCAGCGAUUAAGAAUCCUGCAAUAUUAAUUCAAGAUUUCAGUUGGGUUUUCUCGAAUCGAAAUGGGUUCAAGGCGCCUUCUCGUAGAGGUGUCCAGGCAGAACUCACUGUUGAAGCCGGUUAAAAACUUAUUUUCAUCUUCUUAUCAUGCUUCAGUAAUGUUUGGAGGGAAUGCAGGAAUCUUUAAUGAAAAUUUCGUCCAACGAGCUUUUAACAAUCAAGAACACAAAAUUCAACUUCCAGCAUGCUCCAUGAUGCUGUCAAGGGCAUUAUACUCUACAGAUGCUGCGACGAAAGAAGUGGUCCCCACAGAGGCUGCUAAGGAACUGCAUGAUAAACUACUCAAAUCCGUGAUAGAACAAAGAACCGCCCCUCCGAACAAUUUGUUAUGGAGUCUUAUAGAAAAAUGUCAAAAUCGUGAAGACAUCAAACUUCUCUACAAUGUCUUGGAGAAUCUUCGAAAAUUUAGGCUAUCAAAUCUUCGAAUUUUUGACAAUUUUAAUGAUAAUCUUUGCCGGGAAGUAUCUAAGGCAUGUGUACGAGCAGAGGCUAUUGACCUUGGAAAGAAGACAUUGUGGAAACACAACGUGUAUGGAUUGACUCCUAGUGUUGCGUCUGCUCACAAUAUACUGCUGCAUGCUAAACAACAUAACGAUGUUAAUCUCAUGGUGGAUGUGAUGAAACUCUUGAAAGCAAAUGAUGUGCCCCUGCAACCUGGUACCGCCGAUAUCGUAUUUAGCAUUUGCUACAACACAGAGAGGUGGGAUUUGCUGUGUAAGUAUGCUAAACGGUUUGUCAAAUCAGGAGUAAAAUUGAGACGGACUUCGUUUGAUACUUGGAUGACAUUUGCUGCCAAAAUAGGAGAUGUUGACAAUUUAUGGAAGAUUGAGAAACUGAGAUCGGGAUUGAUGAAAACGCACACAAUUGGAAGCGGGUUUUCAUGUGCCAAGGGGCUUCUUCUUGAACGCAAACCUAAAGAAGCAGCUGCAAUAAUUCAAGUAGUCACUCAGACACUACCCGAUGCGAAAAGGCCAGAUAUAAUGGCAGAACUCGAGAAGCUGGUUAGCGAAUGGCCAUUGGAGGUUAUAAAGAGUAGAAAAGAUGAGGGCAAAAUGGCUUUGGCUGCUGGUUUGCAAGAAGAUAUUCCUGCACUGAUUGACAAUCUUUCGGGCUUGGCUGUAAAGACGGACUUAAAGAUGGCCGAUUUGACCAAAAUGUCUUUUGAGAGUUAACAUUUGAUGUUCUAUGGUACCUUGACUAAAGUGCCCUCUUGCGGGUUUGAGAACGGUUAUCGACAAGGGUUUGUUUGACUUUAAAAUUCGGGUCAAAAUAAAUAGAUUGUUAUUGUGGGUUGAGAAGGGUAUGGUAUUUGAGGGAUACAUUAAGUGAUCUUAUACCUGGUUACUAGAUAUCUUAGUAUGUUAUAUAAGAUAUUAUUUUGAAAGUUUAAAAAGAAUAUAGAAUUAUUAGAA